CAGAGUCUUAGCUUUGACGUCGCUCCUGAUUCAGGCGACAAAGCCCUGGGCGCAACAACAAAAGCGAAACUCUACCAAACACACGACACCCCGCAAAAUUAGGUGCUUCAGACACUUUUGAAGAGACUCUAUUCUUUCCGGAGCACGCUGCAGUUCGUUUUCUAGAUAUAUUCACGAUGCCCCCAAAACGUAAGCCGACGAAGCGUCAAAAAGCUGGCAACACGCAAAAGCCAUCAUCCGAUGCGGCCUCAUCAAAGCCCGCUCAGCAGGUCCAGCAGCCUCAGCAGUCGAAUACUGUGAAUAGUGAACAUGAGAACAUUCAUGGCACGAAUGGUUCGGUCACGGGAUCCCCUAACCGCGUCAACAAUGAUAACGCGUCCAAGGACGUUGAUUCAACUGCUCAAGAUGGUAUCGGUCAAGGAUCCACUAGACAGACUCCGGUGGCGACAACUUCACGCCGGUCGACGCGCUCAAGCGCGAGAUUCCAACAGACGCCGGGCCAGGAGAGCCCGCGCAGUGAAACUGGCCGCCGCCGUAAGGUAGCUGAACCAAGUGGACCAAAUGUCUCUCAGCUCGAAGCGCCACCGCAGAACAGGGCGGCACCGCAGGUCAACGCAGUGCCUCAGGUCCAAGCAGCUCUGGCAAGUCAAGCUUCCAGUCCUCCAGAACCCUUGAGCACUGCAAACAGUUUGCCUACAAAUGGACACAUGGUCCAAGGCAUUAAUGAAUCUGCAAUGGCCCCUCCUACCCCUGCGCCGUCUACGGGUCCAAUGCCGACAUCUAUCCCGCAAACUGGCUUUCAGCCGUCUAUCGCACAGCCGGGAUUCCAACCGCAUCUACAAGGACCUGCUCCGAGAACGCAACAGCCCCUACCUCCCCCACCCGGUAUGCCAGUAUUCCCUCACCCCACGAAAGGUCUUCCCGGCGGUCCAAUUUUCCACCUGACUAUGUAUCAAGGCCCUCAAAGCCAACUGCCUAACCGCUCCGUGCUACAAAGCACCCAACCAUCUAACCUGACCCCGCAACGCCAAUUUUCGCAACAAGUCUAUGGUCAGCCACAAGCUCUUAUGCCAUACAGAGGCCCAUAUGCACCGAUGCAACAACCUUCAACGAUCACAGGCGGCGCUGACCACAGAGGCCCGGCCCUGCCAGCGCAGAAUGCUGCACUCCCACCUCAUUUCCCUCCAUCACAAUUCCAGCCCUAUCCACCUAAUCCGUACUCUAACCCGUACUUUGGAGGACUGAAUCCCGAACAGCAACGUGCCGCCUUCCUUGAGAACCAGCACCGCGAACACGUCAACAGAGAGGAAUUCGAAAGGCGGACCGCUCCGAUCAGAAACCGCACCACGAAACUAGUCACGGACGAAGAGCGCGAGGAGCUUUUACGCCUGGCCCGCGCCGGCGGCGCAAUCAUCGAGUCCAUCCAUCCCAUCGUGAACAUGAACGCGCCUCCCAGCCUGCCCUGGGUCCCGCCGCCCCAGCCCCAGCAGAUGCUGCCGCCACCAGCACGUGCCCCUCCUUCCGGCAGCGCGAGCCUCCUAGCAACGCCAAUGGCGACUCCGCAGCUGGCAGUCGCGUCUGCGAGCGCAACUCCCGCUGCCCAGACGCCGCCGACGACGACGACGCUUAUUUCGGCGAUCCCCACCCCGCCAGGCCCGUCGCCGGCUGUUCAACCUGAGCUUCCUGCUCCUGCUGCUGCUGUUCCUGCUGCUUCUGCUGCUGCAGGCAGACGCGCGAGUACCGCGAGCACCACCAGUGGCAGGCGCAUGAGCGCCAGGGUCCAGAGCCGGCAGGCUACGCAAGAGCCCCAGCCCCAGCCCCAGCACGAGCCUGAGACCGCGACUGAAACCCCGGAGCCGGCUGCCAAGUCCCGCGGCAGAAAGACGCGAGGCCAGGCCCAGAAGAAGGAUAAGGGCAAGCAGCGCGCUAGCUUGGCCAAGGAGGCGGACUCGAAGCUGCAGAAUGGAGAUGAUGCGGAGAUGGGAGGAACGCCUAACUAGGAGUGUUGGUUGGAGCUAUUUGUGCGUGGGUCAGUGGAUGGACUUAGGUUACUUGAGUUGUGUUGCGUGGAGUGGAGAGGGAGAGAAAGGUCGAGCAAGAAGAAGUCGAAACGGGAGCUAAGACGACAUUGAAUGAAAUGAAAGGAGAGCGGUGCCUUAUGGUAAGGUGGUGGUGGAAAAGAGAAAAAAGUCAGAAAAACAAGAGAAAGAAUGUACGAUACUGUAUACGUUUGUCCGCCACUUCUAGACGUACUUCGUGCUUGCCCUG